GGCCGGGUUUCAGGGUUCAAAUCCAAUCCGAAUGACUAAUAUUCCCAUUUUCGUUUCCCAUUUCAAGCUCCGGUCCGAUUCCCUUCCUUUCUUUCCUUCAUUGCCCCAAAUUUCAUCUCCCACCCCAAACCCUAACCCUAAUUUCAAUUUCAAUUUCAAUUGCGUUGAUGCUCUGGUUUUUGCUCCCGCUAGUUGACUUCAGCGCGCGAGGCGAGGCGAGGCCUCUCUAUCUUAUUUCUUCUUGACUUCGUCGGCUGCGUCAUCUCCUACAAGCUACAGAUGCAUAAAAAGUUUCAGAGAGAAUUCUUGUGCGAAAAGUGGAAGCGAUUGACAUGGGUGGCAAAAGAGGGAAGGGGAACAAUGCAAAGGCUGGGGCUCAGCCGCACGUUUCCUUGACGCUGAGAGAAGAAUCGAGCGGCAAGAAGCAAGUUCAUAUGAACGCGAAGACUAUGUGCAAGCUCGACCAUCUCAAAAGCCUUGCAGCCUGGGCCGCUACCGAAGCUUCUAUCCCUUCUCUCGGGGCUUUCUUCGGCGAGCGCUUGGCAGCCACCACGGAAGCCUUGGGCAUUCGCAGUGAUCCUUCUCAGUUUGUUUGCGAAAGAUGUGAAGCCAUUUUGCAACCGGGAUAUAACUGUAUCAUACGAAUUGAGAAGAACCAUCCCAAGAAACGGCGCCAGAAGAAAUCUAAUCUCACCACACAAAACACCAUCGUCUACACAUGCAACUUCUGUUCCCAUCGAAAUUUGAUGAGAGGAACUCCAAAGGGCUACAUGAAGGAGAUAUGCCCUCCAAAGGCGAAACCACUACAAUCUGCAGCAGAAAAACAAGCCAGCUCGAAAAAACCUGCAGCAACUAUCCCUUCAUUUAUCGCUCUUGACACGCCUGCCGUGCCAACUGCAGACUCACAAAAUCUUGAAGCAAGCAGUAGACAAAAUCAAGAAGCUAGCAGUCCUGUGCCUUCAUUGCCAACAGUAGGGAUUUCUUUAUUGGACUCGAGGAGGAAGAAAAGGAAUAGGUCGGCUGCAAAGAAAGUAGUCGAACACGAGCAUGCACAGGCAACUAUGGAUACUGAUACUGAUGCUGGCAAAAGUAUGUCUUCUAACAAGAGGAGAAAAAAAUCAUGGACUAGUCUGAAGGAGAUUGCUCAAAGCAAUGAGCAUGAUGCUAGCAAGAAUAGGCUCUCAAAUUUAACCAUUCCAUUCUUUAUUUAAGUAUUCUACAUUUUUUUUUUUCUGUGUAUUCAUUCUUUAUUUAUGGGAGAAAUGACAGCAGGACUGGUAUGGUGUUGUAAGAUUCUCCCUGAAACAAUUUUCUAAUACAUUUGGACUAAAUUAUCAAAUACUCUAAACAUUUGGACUAACUUGUCAAUUCUCCAGAUCAAAUAUUGAAUGUAAAUUUAAAUAUUAAUUUUAUUA